AUGCCCCAGCCUCUCAACCCGUGGGCUCACGAGCCUUAUGCUCCGCACUACGAACCAGACUAUCGCCAAGAGCAACAAGGCCAUGUACUACGUCUACCUCCACCUUCCAGCCUGGUAUCCGGAUCCCACCCAAGCCCAAGCAUCCCGAAUGGACGGGAACCGGCAGCUUACAGUCAUGACCCUUACCGGGACCCAUACUUUGCAGUUCCGGUGCCCACGUUCCAGCGAGCUCAGCAGCUGCCUAUGCCGGGUAGCAAGUUACAUGCAGCAACCCUCGCUCCUAUUACCAGGAGCCCGGCAGAUAUAAUCGCACGUCUCUCACCUACACAAUCGUCAACAGCAAGUGACCGGUCCGAGGACCUGUCAGACCACCUCCGACUGCGUCAACUCGUAGGAGACCAGAGCUCCCUGCAGGCUCAUCGGUCACAGCCCCAGCCGGAACAGAUAAAAGAGUCAUUUCGGCACCCUCGACAUGCAGAGCUCCAGCCGAUAAGACCGCCGCCAAACUAUCCAACCCCAAUUAUGCGCCCAGCCCCAUCUUCCCAGCCCAUCACUUCUCCCCGACAGACGUUGUCGCCCCAGUCGGAGUCCCGUGCCGCCGAGCGCAUGAAGAUAUCAGAUCUUUUGAGCGAUGAACCUAGAGCUGAGGCACCGACAUCUUCAAAGGUACCCGUACGAAGCAAGACUUCCACCGCGGUAGCAUCGACGUACACGGCCCGGGUUCGCCAACAACCCGUGGCCGCGAGGGCGUGCGGGUUUGGUGAAAGGGACCGGAGGGUCAUCGAUCCGCCUCCCAUCGUCCAGGUGAGCAUCGAAGAUCCGAACGCAUCAAAGGAAGAGAUCAUGAAUCGACUCAAAAAUGGGCACUCGGUGAUACACUGCACGAUCUGGGACGAGACGGGGGACCAGGACUGCUCGGCUAUGACGGACGACUAUCGGCAGCAGCGACGACUGAUGGGGACGGUAGUAUCAUCCCCCUUCGUGGGCAAGGAUGAGAACAACGAAUACGGGUGCUUCUUCUGCUUCCCAGACUUGUCCUGCCGCACGCCCGGCUCCUUCCGACUGAAAUUCAGUCUCGUCGUCUUGGACCCUAAAGGAUCAAUGCCGGGCUUCAGGACACCCGUCUGCGCCGUCGUCAUGAGCGAGGUAUUCACUGUCUACAUCCCCAAGGACUUCCCCGGCAUGAUGGCGAGCUCUGUCCUGACGAGGAGGCUCAAGGAGCAAGGGUGCCUCAUCUCCAUUAAGAAGGGGAACGAGAAGAGCGCCCGAAGUCGCGAUGAAAGCGACGACGACGACGACGACGACGAUGAGGAGGACAACACGCGGCAACGGCGGUCGAAGCGAUCGAGAAGGUCAUGA